AUGGAAUAUUUAAAAUUAGAGCAGUUAUUAAAAUUAGGAUUUGAAAAUGGAUUUGAAAAUGGAUUUGAAAAUGGAUUUGAAAAUGGACAGUUUAAACUUCCCGAAAAGGUAAGACAGUAUUAUCGGGAUUUUUCAGCAAACAGAGAAAGUCAGUACGAAUCGGAAGAUGAAUACACAGAAGCAGAUGGAAGAGGAAGAUUUAGCAGAUACAAAACAACUGAUAAACAAAGAUAUGGACGUUUGUGUGGCUUUGCUAAUAAAUUACUGGCCGCAAUAGAACUGGAAAAAAUUUUAUUUGAUGCCGAAAAAUUUAGUAACAGCGAAAACAAAGAUGAAAUCAGGAGAGUAUUAGAAGGAUUACAGCAAUUUAGUGGACUAGAAGUUGACGAAUACAUUGGUAAAAUCCGGUUAACUAAACGAGAGGCCGAGAAAAGUUAUCUCGAUUUUAUUAAUUAUUAUAGAGAGCAAUUGGAAAAGAAAUUAGUUGACAGAGAAGAAGAGAAGGAAAAAGGUUUCUAUUUAGCCCAAAUUGUAGUCGGAGAUGAUGUUAACUUAGAGGGAGUUGAUUAUCAUUGUUUCGGUGUUUUACGACCUUUCCUUAAAAAAGGCGAGCAAGAAAUUAAAAAUAUUAUAGUUCCUGUAAAUGAAGCCGAGUCACUUAGGGAAAAGUUUUGCCGACACGGACCUCUUUUAUCAAUCAAAGCUCCUUGGCAGAUAGUGGAAGUAGAAUUAAAUCGAGGAAAUGAACCAGCCUGA